AUGGACUAUACAGAUCUUGCCGAUAUUGCUCAACAAUUAUCUGACCUUGAAGUCGCCCUUUUGCUGUGCCUUGUUGCCCGCGAACAUUGCUUGAUCGAGACCACCAGCCACUGUAUUAAUGACCUCGCCAAAGAACUCGCCUUAAUUGGCUCAACUACAUUCAAUUACUCAUACUGCAUCCUCGACUGUUCAUCUGCAACAUCUAUUGACGACAUCUUCAAUGACGUUCUUACCCCGAAUGCACGCGCAAACUAUCGCCCAUCGCGUCCGUGGUUGAACACUGAAUCGUCAAGCAAACGUUCUUCCUAUAAGAGCCUUGGGGAUUACAGCAAAUCACCAACUCCCUUUUCACAACUUGGCAGUAACGUUGUCAAUAUUGUAAUCGCCAAAAACUUCAAUUUCGUCAGUGAUGAUAUCCAAAUGCACAUGCUGCAGUUAAUGCGAUCGAGGGAGCUGGUCACUGAGAGCGGGACCCUGAGUGCGCCUCAGGACUUCCUUUUCAUCCCUCUCGUGGCACGAAAUUCCGACCAGCUCCGACCACCUUUGAAACCACAUAUGAAUGACAAUCUCUUCGUUUCUCAUUUCCACAGCCCCGAGGCUGGGUAUACCUACCUUGAAGAGAAUGACUGGCUUUCAGAUGGACAAAUUUCGGCUUCCUCUGUUAUUCAUAAGUCGAAGGGCAAGCAAACGAGGAGUGCUACGGUCAGCCCGUUGGUAAUGGAUCAACUUCGAGAAACAAGUGCGUCGGUGAGCACGAGCGCGGAAGUCGUUCGAUACAUCCAAGAUAUCGUUGUAUUUCUGCGGCUCAGUCGCGCUGUUGCGGGUGGUGUGUCUGCCAAUGCAAAUAUUCAAUUUUCUCGAUUUGCACAACUUCUAGCCCCUCUUCAUGGUAUCGAUUAUCUGACUCCCUCCAUCGUGGCCCUAGCCGCCAGGAAAGUCUUUCGCCAUCGCAUUAUUGUCACUCCCCCUGGCGAAGACCGCAGUCUGCAGUAUGGAAGUCAUUUACAUGCGGUAUCUGAUGUUCUCGCUGAUGUGACGCCGGAUUCAAUAUUGGAUGGCGUUCUGGCACUCGAGCCGCCUUUAUGA